UAUACAUUUUCGUGUUAUCAUCUCAUGCUUGGCUAUCAUUCAAGCCUCAUCCUAUAGCCCCGGAGUUACUACAGAAUAUCAACUGACGAUUCGAUCGCUACCCGCGGAGGAUUUGUCACAAGGUCGAGUGAUGCGCCAGUGUCUAUUUGAAGCAUCUCCGGAGUUAAAUGAACAGUUUGAUUUUCGUUGGCUCGAUCAGAACGGGCGAGUGACAACCAACGGGGAUUCGUUAAUUUUACU